CAAAACGGAGAUGUGGCUUUAUCGUUUUAGCAUGUGCACCGCCACGAUCAGUGACGCAUGAGAUAGUGGCAGCUGUCGCGACCAAGCUGGUGGAACAUCCGAGGGGCAGAAACAACUUCACUUCGUUCCAUUCCUACCUUUUUGCCUCCUCUCAACCCUUCUAGACUGCGCAUAGUCUCUACUGGACAACUAAAGGUCCUUCAAACCAUUCUAGAUACCAAAAGAAAUAGAAAGUCAGAAUGGCGGGACUCCCAGUUGACUACUAUGCCGCCCUGGGAAUACCCUCUUCAGCCUCCCAGCAGCAGAUCCGAGAUGCGUAUAAAAGAGCAGCGCUCAAAACGCACCCCGACCGCGUCUCCUCCGACUCCCCCGAACGUGCAGAGCGUACCCGUAAAUUUCAGCUAAUAAACGAUGCCUACUAUACCCUAUCCGACCCUUCACGCCGCUCUGACUACGACUCGGCCCGCAAAUACCACGGUUUCGGCUCUGGUGCCUCGACCGCCUCAACAGCCUACGACUCAGACGAUGAUUCCACUAUUCCAGACCCUGGUGAGGAUGCUCGUGCGGCUGGUGGCUUUCCAUGGAGUUCGUUUGGAUUUGGGGCUAAGGCGAAGAAUAAGGAAGAAGAGCAGAAGUUUGGGAAUGAGCAGUUUGAGGAUGUGUUUGAAGAGAUGUUGAGGGAGGAGGGGAUGGCUGAGAAUGGGGGUGUGCCGACGGGGAAGUUCUGGAGUGUUGUUGGUGGGUUGAGUGGUGGUGCGAUGGGGUUUAUUGUGGCGAAUUUUGGAGGGAUGGUUGCUGGUGCUGUGGCAGGGAACAGGCUUGGUGCAGUAAGGGACGCGAAGGGGAAGAGUGUUUAUGCUGUCUUCCAGGAGUUGCCGCAGGAUGCGAAGGGGAAGCUUUUGAGCCAGCUUGCUGCAAAGGUUUUUAGUCAUGCAGUGGGAAUUUGAGGUGGGGUUUGCCAGAGCUGCGAUAAACGCGGUCACUUAGCCGAAUCAAGGAACGGAAAGAAUUGAAGGAAACAGUAACGAGAUACCAGACCUGGGUCGGAAGGCGUUGCGGAAUCUCCACAUAUACAGGAAGCAUGGCUUUUUUCGAGAUCGAGGAAAUUGAGAUGCAGAACAAGCGAUUAAAUUAAGUAGGUAGAUAGACGAAUUAAAUCAUUCAAAUGCACA